AGCCUUAAACAACCGUAGAAAGAUCAGAGAUGUCAGUGUAGAUUUGUACAUCAGCCGUAAAUCUGUUUGCGACAAACACUUGAAGCCAAUUUGGUUGUUGUUUGCGGUGUUUGUUCACAAGCCGGCCGCCAAAGAGUCACAGAGUCAGAGUCAGAGCCCAGAGUCAAUAAAAAAAAUCAAGUAUAAACGGAUAAAAAAAAAACAAAAAUAAAAGUAAAGUCACACAAAACAAACAAAACAUUUUCCGGCUCCGGCGACAUUAACAGAACUGCUCGACAUCGACAAUUUGUUUUAUCAAUUUUCCAACAAGGCUAGCAUCAGCAACAACAAAAACAACAUCGACAACACCCAACAAGCCAGCAAACAACAAAAGCGCCCAGAGUGCUUAGCCGUCGAGCACGCACGCCAAAUCCACCCAGUCCUCCCAGUCCACCCACCCAUCCGGCUCCCGCGACAGCCUCCCCUCGGUAAACCCACCCACCCCUCGGUGAAACCCCUUUUGCGAGGCCAGCAUCCUGGCAGCAUCCUGGCAGUGCCACCCAAAAGAGCCAAACAGUAAAACAGCGGACGCCCCACAGUGAGGCCAGGCACACCGUGAACUCUGUGCCGUUUUUUUAUUAUCACCAGCCAGCACAAAAGGCGAGACAAUGGCUGCAUAUGCGCAGUUUGGAUACGCUGGCUACCCGACGGCAAACCAGCUGACUACCGCCAACACGGACAGCCAGAGCGGCCAUGGAGGAGGCUCGCCCCUGUCCGGCACCAAUGAGGCCUCCCUCAGUCCCUCGGGCGGCUCGACGGCCACCGGCCUGACUGCCGGACCCUUGAGUCCAGGUGCUGUUUCGCAGUCGUCGCACCAUGCGGGUCACAAAGGUCACAUCUCCACCUCGCCGACAGAGGACGCUGUUGGCGCGAGCGGAGGCGGGGGCGACCUGCCAGGUGGCGGAGGUUCUACCGCCCAGGAUCUGCCCGGCCGCGGCGGAUCCUGCUGUGAAAACGGACGACCCAUCAUCACGGAUCCUGUGUCGGGACAGACCGUCUGCUCCUGCCAGUACGAUCCCACCCGUUUGGCCAUCGGCGGCUACUCCCGGAUGGCCCUGCCCUCCGCCGGAGUGGGCGUCUACGGAGGACCCUACCCAUCGAACGACCAGAAUCCCUACCCCAGCAUCGGAGUGGACAACUCGGCGUUCUACGCACCACUGAGCAAUCCCUACGGCAUUAAGGACUCUAGUCCCAGCACUGAGAUGAGCGCCUGGACGUCGGCGAGCCUGCAAUCGACCACUGGUUACUACUCCUAUGAUCCCACUCUGGCGGCCUAUGGGUAUGGACCCAACUAUGAUCUCGCCGCCAGGCGGAAAAACGCCACUCGGGAAUCCACGGCCACCUUGAAGGCCUGGCUAAGCGAGCACAAGAAGAACCCGUACCCGACCAAGGGCGAGAAGAUAAUGCUGGCCAUCAUCACCAAGAUGACCCUCACCCAGGUGUCCACCUGGUUUGCGAAUGCCCGGCGACGCCUGAAAAAGGAGAACAAGAUGACCUGGGAGCCAAAGAAUAAGACCGAGGACGACGACGACGGCCUGAUGUCCGACGAUGAGAAGGAGAAGGAUUCCGGCGAUGCAAGUGGCAAAUUGUCCUCAGAAGCUUUCGAUCCUGGCAAUCAACUUAUCAAAACGGAGCUAGGCAAGGCGGAAAAGGACAUUGCGGAUGGUGACCAGAAACUGGAUCUCGACAGGGAGCCGCACAACCUGGUGGCCAUGCGAGGCCUGGCCCCGUAUGCCACGCCUCCCGGUGGCCAUCCCAGCAUGCACGGGGCCUACGGGGCGUAUGCGCAAUCUCAGAACACGCAUACGCACCCACAGCCGCAUCCGCAGCAGUUGCAUCACCAGCAGCAGCAGCAGCCACAGCACCACCAUGCCAUGCAGGACCCACCCUACUAUCAUCCGGGCUACGGGCAGGAGGAGUCCGGCGGAGACUUUACGGCCCAAAAAAACCCGCUGAGCAGAGACUGUGGCAUCCCAGUUCCGGCGAGCAAGCCCAAGAUCUGGAGCGUGGCCGACACAGCCGCCUGCAAGACGCCUCCGCCCACCGCGGCAUAUCUCGGCCAGAACUUCUACCCCCCCUCGGUGGAGCAGCACCAUCUCACCCAGCAGCAGCAACAACAGCAACACCAGCUGCAGCUGCAACAGCAUCCAUCGCAGCAGCAGCAGCAGCCGCACCACCCCCACCACCACCUGCAUACGAUGGAGCUCAGUUCGCCGCUGAGUAUGAUGAGCAGCUACGCCGGCGGAUCGCCAUAUUCGCGGAUACCUACGGCGUACACCGAGGCCAUGGGCAUGCACCUGCCUGGGGGCAUGAGCAGCAGCAGCAGCUCCUCCGGAUCCGGCAAAGUGCCCACCCCUAUCAGCAUUCACCCGGCGGCCCAGCGGGUGGGGUUUCCCGAGAUCCAGCCCGAUACCCCGCCCCAAACGCCGCCCACUAUGAAGCAGCAGCUGAACAGCAGCAGCGGGAGCAACAGCAGCAGCAGCAGCAACCACAGUUCCUCGGUGGCUUCCAUGGUCAACAUUUUGUACAGUAACGAGGGUGGUGUUGGUAGUAGCUACGGUGGUUAUUUGACCGAGAGUCGUUCUGGUUCAUAAUUCACUUAGGAUAGAGCUCCUAUUAGAUGAUGACCUUGAACCAUAUACUAGAGACAGAUACGUGAGAGACGGAUAGUAGAGGACAGAUACUAGAUACAGAUACCAGAUACCAAAUACAAAAGCGAAACUACUUACACAUUUUUGAUGGCGGGACAAGUGCAAGUUGGCGGGCAAUGCCGCGAUUACGAUUACGAUUACGAUUACGAUAGCGAUAACUACACUAAUUAUUUUGCAAUAAAUGUAGCUUAAGUACGGCAAUAAAACUUUAUUUCCUACCAUAUCAUAAA